AUGCUCAAUUAUCUUCACGAUGCUCUCUCACCAAGCAAAGCAACCUCUGGUUCCAUUGGUGACAAUGAGGUUGGCAACAAAGGUGCUGGAAGGGUCAUGUAUUCUGGCAGCUUGCAAAGCGAGGACCUGCCUUUAAGCUGCCAAGAUGAUCUUGAGGAUAUCGUCCUUAUGCUUCAGCGCUUGACCUUGCAGGAUGCUGACUGGCUGGACAAGACUGAGGACAACUCAAUGGAUGUGGACAAGCGCAUGGUCCUCAAAGCAGUUGACAUCCCAAUGGAAGUUGACAAUCCUGACUGCGCGGUCUUGGAAGCAGCCGACGUCAACAUGGACAUGAUGCCUGCCAAAACUACAACGACGAACUUCUGGCGAUGCCGCGCAAUCAGGUCAUGA